AGCCAGUAAGCCCAAACCGAAGCCGGCGGCGACCAUCAGCGAUACGGACUCGGAGUUCGAGGCGUCGCCGAAAAAGGCCGCGCCGGCGGCACGUCACGAUAAUGAGUCCGCCUCGGACAUGUUCGACUCGAUGAUGUCCGGUAACGGCGAGCGACACGACUCGGACUCCGGCUCGGCCGAGUCGCACGGCGCCGCCGCCAAAGCCAAGCCGAAACCAAAGCCCAGUGCCGCUGCUCAGAAGCCCACUGCCGAAGCCAAUAAGCCCGCGGCGGCGAAAAAGCCCGCUGCCGAAGCCAAGAAGCCCGCAGCGGCCAAGAAGCCCGCCGCCAAGAAGGCACCGACGCAGCGGAGGAAGAACGCGUCUGACUCGGACUCGGACGACGAGUUCGCCCCGACGAAGGCGAAGGGCCGCGGAACGAAGAAGGCGGCUACCUCGCCCGGCUCCGACUCGGACGACUCCGUCGGCUACGUGCCGCUGGCCAAGCGUGCCGCCGGCCGCGCGCGCACCGCCAACUACAAGGUGGACCUCUCCAGCGACGAGGAGUGAGCCGGCCGACGGCCGGGGCGGGCGCCGCCCGCCGCACCGCAAAGGAAGCGGACCCUGACGGCUCACCGCGGAGGGGGAGGAGGGGUGGGGACGCCGUCUGCCGGACUGUGGAGCGUGGAGGACGCUGUCCGGCGGACUGAGAGAGGUGGGGACGCUGGAAGGACGCCCGUCCAUGCGGCGCGGCGUGGGCGUAGUUUCUGCACGCCGACUGACAUUGUACAAAUGGUGACGUGAGCUGUGUCUGUGACGCGUGCGCACGCGUGUCGGCGACGGCCGCCGGGCCGGGCCGCGACGCGGUGCGAGACUGAGUGUUGUCUUCGCUGGCUGUACCGACCUGUGUUAGCGUCUGUCUGCGCGAGCGUUGCGCCAACCAGAUCUUCUCGUAGCGUCGGCGGUCAUCGAUGUGUCGUUCCAAGAUGCGCGGAAAGUUCCGAUGAUCCGAUGAUCGGCCUUUUCACCGACUGAAACAUGCCAACGGCGGGACGCGUCGCGAGCCUGCGGUUGGCUCAUGCGCGCCAUUUCUGUGACCGGGGCCUGUUGGCAGGCACGGCUCUUACAUUCGACCCGGGCACAGUGCGUCUUAGUUGACUAUUUUUGCUUUUGCUCGUUUACAGCUCUGAAGCGUUGCAUCGCAUCACAUCUUCACGCUUAUCACCGAAUACAUCUGGUGUCACUGGCGCCACUCGUACGCUGGGCUGUCACCAAUUCGAGCGAGACCACGGAUGAUACACGCUGUUGUCAACAUCCGCUGUGCCCAAAAUCCGUUUGAUAGGGCCCGGUUCCUGUUAGGUCAAGUUUCACCAUCACAGCGAAUAUACCGGCGGACUAUGCGUCA